AUGAUAUUUGAUGUUUAUAAUUAUUUAUUAAAAGAAAAUAAUAUAACUGAUUCUCUGAAUAAAACUGCGGAAGCUACGAAAAAGUCUGUAUCCACAGUUAAAAGGAUUGUUAAAGAAAGUAAAAGUUCAGAGUUUAUAGUUACUUUUAGGACCCCUGGUUCUGAAAAAAGUCUUCGUCGCAUUAUUAAGGAACUUAGAUUUAAAUGGAAAGCCACCGAGAAUAAUAGGAAAGUUUUAAUAGAAACAUCAGCCAUCAGAUUGUUAAGAAUAAAUUACUUAGAAAAAUUAAGACAGUAUCAACAACAAAACAGACCAAUUGUAUACACAGAUGAGUCAUAUGUUCAUGCUACUCACACCACACCGAAAGGUUGGACAGAUGGGUCAAGUAAAGGAAUAAAAAAACCCUUAUCAAAAGGGCAACGUGUUGUGAUAGUACAUGCCGGAUCGGAGACUGGUUUUGUGCCUAACGCCUUGUUAACGUUCAAGUCAGGUAUGAAGUCCGGGGACUAUCACGAUGAUAUGAAUUUUCAGAAUUAUGAGAAGUGGAUUCGAACUCAAUUGAUACCGAAUCUUCCCCCAAAUUCAAUUAUAGUUGCAGACAAUGCAUCAUACCGUAAUAAGGAAUAUGACUUAGCACCAAACGCGAAUUCAAGGAAAGCUGAUAUGCAGGCUUGGCUUUCAGCAAAAGGAAUAACAUUUACGUCUGAAAUGUUGAAGCCUCAAGUAUACCAAUUAAUAAAAAAUAACAAAGAUCGCUUCAAAACAUUUAGUAUAGACAAGAUUUUUAAAGAACAUGGUCAUGACGUACUUCGCCUGCCUCCUUACCACCCAAAUCUGAACCCUAUAGAAAUGGCAUGGGCAGCUAUAAAGGGUUAUGUAAGUAGCAAAGAUGUACGAUGGAAUGUGCCCCGUGUUAUAGAGUUAGUGGAACGGAAAGAUUCUGACAGCAGUGAUUCUGAAUUGGAUUCCUCAACUGACAUAGAAGAUGAAAUCGUAACUCCUGGCCCAAGUUCUGGUAUACCACUAGGAAAUCAUAUAGAAGGUGUCAUGCCAAUGAGUGAAAGUGAUUAA